AUGGAUCCAUUCACAGCGCUUGGUUUAGCGGCCGCCAUUAUACAAUUCGUAGAGUUCGGUGCGAAGCUGGUUUCCACCAGCCGUGAGAUAUACGUAUCGGCCGAUGGGCGUACGAAGGAGCACCAGACCUUGGAUGAGAUCUGCUCAGACCUCCGUUUCCUGGUGGACGACAUUGACAAUGCCGCAGACCUUGAAGGCGAGCCGAGACAGAGGAUCGACGCAGAGGUGGCACUGUGGAAACUUGCAGAAAAGUGCCGGAGCACAGCGUUAGAGCUACAAAGCCUUCUAAAGAGCUUAUACGGCACGCCCGGCGGGCGUGUUGCGAGUUUGAAACAAGCCUUGAGGGCGUCUUGGGGCAAGCGUAAGGUCGACGAUGUGGAGGCGAGGCUCAAGGAAUAUCGACAGGAACUUAUGACACAUCUUGUCGCCAUCACGAGUAACCAACAAUCGAGUGUACUGCGCGAGCUUGGGAAGCUGAAGGAAGCCACUCUAUCGAUGCAAUCAAAUCACUCAGAGAAGCUCGAAGAAAUUUCCGCAGCUAUCCAAAGCAUCACAUUCAAGUCUUCCAUUUCGAACGAGCUUCCGUCAGACGAUAGUAUAUUUUCUCAUCAAUACUUUCAUCAACUACACGUUAAGCUGUUGAGCCUAACCACCAAUGCAAGAGACGUUUCCUUCCAGCACACAUUCCUUCGGGGUCUGUACUUUCGAUCAAUGCCGGCUCGUCACUAUGGCAUAGCUGAGGCGCACAAAAAGACAUUCAAAUGGGUUUUCGGCCGUGAAGGCUCGCAGGGAGCGGUAGCGAUUCACGUCAGCAAUUUCACAGACUGGCUCGAACGAGGCAAGGGCAUUUAUUGGAUAUCUGGCAAAGCAGGCUCCGGCAAGUCUACUCUGAUGAAGUAUCUUGGAAACCACUCGCGCACAUCAGAGCUUCUCUGCGCUUGGGCUGAACCCCAGGAGUGUAUCGUCGCGAGCCAUUACUUCUGGAGCGCCGGCACGCUGCUGCAAAAGUCCAUUAAUGGGUUGCUGAGAUCACUGCUUUACGAAAUUUUCCGCCAAAUGCCUGAUCUAAUCGAAAAUGUCGUGCCCGAGGGGCCUGGACAAAACGAGUACCGUCUUCAAUCCGGCGAGGAUGGCCGGGACUGGUCAAUCUUCGAGCUGGAACGAAUAGUGAAUCACUUGGUCGACUGCGACAAGUUGGACUUGCGCUUCUGCUUUUUUAUCGAUGGGCUGGAUGAGUACGACGGAGACCAUCAGAAACUCAUCCAGAUCCUUGCCCGGCUUGCGUCGUCGCCAAAUGUCAAGCUUUGUGUAUCAAGCCGACCAUGGAAUGUGUUUGAAGACGCUUAUGGCAAGUCGAGCUUGUGGAAAUUAGCUCUCCAGGACUUGACUCAAGAUGACAUCCGACGCUACACAGAGAGUAUGCUCAAAGAACACCCCAACUGGAGAGAAUACUCGAAAGCUGAACACUCGCUCGUGGAAGAGAUUACUAAAAAGGCCCAGGGGGUAUUCUUAUGGGUAUUUCUGGUUGUCCGUUCAGUCCACGAAAGUGUAACCAACGGCGAUGCUGUUUCAACCCUACGACGACGUGUAAGCCAACUUCCCCAAGAUCUCGAGACCUUUUUCAAGCACAUCCUCAAAUCCAUCGACCCGUUUUACCACUCCCAAAUGGCGCAGAUGUUCCACAUUGCGUUACAGGCCGAAGAACCGCUUAACAUUAUGCUUUAUUCCCUGAUAGACUAUUGCACGCAGGACCUCUCGCAGGUCUUACGUCUUCCUGUUGAACCAAUGGACAAGCAUGAUGUGUUCACCAGGCGAAAGCAAAUGAUUCGCCGGCUCGACGGUCGCAGUAAGGGCCUGCUUGAGAUUCAAGCUGAUCAUGCGGCGAGCGAUUACCUGGGUCCGCGAGUGACCUUUCUUCACCGCACAGUCCGUGACUUUCUUCUUACAAAAGAAAUGACCGAGUUUCUCACUGAGAGCCUCGCGGAAUUCAAACCGAAUACGGUUAUCUUCAGAGCGUACGUUGCACUGAUCAAGUUUAUGCCCAUCCGAAAAGAACACUUCCAGCGUUCUGGAGUGCUUUCUCGGGCACUAGAAGAAGCUUUCUUCUACGCUUAUCGAGCCGAGGCGGAAUCGGGCUCAUCUGAAUCUGAGUUGGUGGAUGAUCUGCGCUACGUCGUGGAGGACGCGGCUGACUCACUCGACGCGGAGAUUCCAUGGACACCCGACUGUUUUGUCGAAUUCGCCAUUUCUCGAGGGUUGACUCAGUAUCUCUCGCAGCACAGGGAAUGCAGCCCUGGGGCGCGGGACAUCAUUAACGGUGCCUUCCUGAGAGAGGCAAUCAUGGAAAGCCUCAAACCCAUCAAUGAGAACAGCCCAGAUCUCACUCAAGUCGUAUCCUUGUUCCUUCGCCGAGGCUCGAGCCCUCACCAAGGCGCUUGGGCACGGGAAGUCAAGAGAGAGACUUGGAAUGACCUAGCCAGGUCCAAUUACUACACGUCCUUGAUGUUUCAAACAUCUCAGACUCAUCAUCGUGGAGAUAAAAAUGGCCAUGGAGCGGGAGUACGGGGUGCAUAUCAGAUGGGACCUAAAGACUUUCUCACCAAUCCGAAAGGCUCUAUAUGGGGCGACUGGUUGGAGAUUCUCAGUCUGUCCAUGGUAGAGCCUGAAAUGGAUUACCUGUGGGCCACCAGGCAGAAACGUAUUCUGGAUCACCUCAUUAGCCACGGUGCCGAGGUCAAUGAAACUUCAGCCACAGAGGCUAGAUGGGGCAAGUUUGUGGAUGGGCUAUUUCAUCUGUCCAAGCAGCCAUUGUUGGAGAAGAGGGUAUCAGACGUGUACGUCAGUAUGCUGAGAAAGCUAUUACGGCAUGACGCAAACUGUAAUGCGCCAUACCAAGGAAGCACGAUAUCCAAGAUCUUCUUCGCUAACAUCCGCGGGAUGACUGCUCCUCCGAACAUUGCGGAGCUGAGACGAUCUUUACUGGCCGAGGGGUCGGACAAUCCAGUUGAAACGUCUUUAACCUAUCUUGAACUAUUAGCACAGGUGGCAAUGGCUCUGCUUCAGCACAGAGCUCACCCUUCAUGUCUGACGAGCGCGGCUGAGCUUCAUGAAGUCUUUCCUCGGCGGUUGGCACAGCCGAUUCAAGACUUAUGGGAGUCGAGACGUGCUGAGAUUGCAGCAGAAUCAGGUUUCGUCAAGAUGGUGAUUGGCUGGGUUUGGUGGCCCUGGUCAUGA